UGUAAUGUUAUGUAUCAGAUAAUGGAUAAGAGCUUGAAGCUUGGGCCAGACAGAAGUUACCGAGAAAAUCUUUUUUUUUUUUUUCGCGACUUACAAAACUAGAAACUUUUUCUUGAAAAAAUAUUCUUCUUUUCAACAACAUCAAAAACUUCAAUUGAAACCAAUUUCAUCGACCACAAUUUCUUCUCCCACCAGUCGGAGAAGAGUUUGGGUGUUUUGUAAGUCAUGUCCCUAUUUUCUUAUACCAGCCUGAUGGUAUAUACUAUCCUAACAGCACAAUUUAAUUUGGCUGUAAUGCAAUGCGGUGAUGACUCAAUUCGAUGCUUAGAGUGACGGCUCUGACUUUGUUCGUCCUCCCUGUACGCUCAAUUCUCUUCGGAGAAGACUACAACGGUAUCUGAGCAUUGCAAAUAAUUCCAUAUUCUUGUUUCAAUUGACACACGUAGAUUACAACAGUCACUAAUCAAUUGAUCAAAUAGGGAAUCGCAAUGACCUCACGAUAGCUUCCAUUUCAAUCAUGGCAGAUACAGAAACUGUGGUUCCAACUGGUCCUGCUAUUGAGGCCUCAACGCCUGCAAGACCCAAAAAUGCUGGACCAAGACCGCCGUCUAAGUUCCAACAAUUAAACAAACUUUACGGACUUCCUGCGCCCAUACGCACAUUUCCUCUUCCUACUCUCAUACCUCAUAAUCCACUUUCACUUUUUCAUAUUCUUUAUGUUUGGUUGUCAGAGACAAUUAAUCGCCCUUCGUCACAUUUUGAUACCCUUUACAGUGGAUGGUUCUCGCCUGAGACGCGGUCCAUUCACAUCACUGACUCUCGGUCUAUCAGAGGUCUCUGGGAGCAAGGUUUCUAUGGGAAAGGAAGUCUGAGUCGCAGUGAACCCAGUUGGGUGACGCGAGAGAAAAAGCGAAGAGGUGUCUCAAAAGCGAUUGCCAGUGAGGAUGUUACAAGAAAGCGUCGCGCCGAUCGUCAACAAACCAAGUGGGAGCGGGCGAGAAAAGAAAGGGAGGCUAUUGAUCAGACUCUCUUGGCAGAAGCACAGGCAAAUGAACUGCCAAAUACCAAGACUGUCAUCGCAUCCGAUGAGAAAUUUAUAGUUCCACUUGACAAUCUUCCUGCUCUUGCUGAACAAGACCAGAAGAUGGAAACCAUCAAAGAACCCAUGUCCAAUUGCUUAGCUGAUGCAAAUGUUGCUUUUACUAGUACCGCAUCAUCUGAUGCGCCUACUGGUCCAAUGCAACUCCUUGCUCUACCAAACUCGUCCAUCGAGGUUAUCAGGGUGGAAACAAUUGAGGACUUAUCGUCUCAGCAUGUAGUGAAUGCCAUUGAAGUUGCUUCGUCCAGUGUCGCAUCAUUCAACGCACCUACCGGACCUUUGGGGAUUCUUGCUCUACCAAAUUCUGCAUUCGAACUUAAUUCUGUAAGGGAAAAAAACUGUACAAACUCCUCAGGCCAAUCGCUAUUUGUUUCGACGGUGGCAGUAUCCGUCACUACGUCCAAUAUCUCAGCUCCGGUGGGUCCACUGGAAUUGCUCGCUCUACCAAACUCCGCUGCUGAUGCUUUCGCAACAAAUGAUAAAAUCAAUGAUGAUUCUGAGAAGAACGAUGUUGUUCCAGAAGAAUUUACCACUCCGCCCACCUUAGUUGAGAUUGAUAUCAGUUCUGUCUCUACACCGGAAAGCCACGAAGCAGGAACACAGGAGAAGGAUGAACUACUCAAUGGCAGCGUUGUCGAUAACAAUACUUGUGUUCCAAUGACGCCAGUAUCAUCGAUUUCGGCCCAUAAUAGUGGAUCUGAUGUUGAAGUGCUUGAGACUGGCUCAUCAACAUCUGUGUCAGAUCGUCAGAAGAGUGUUCGAUUCUCCCCGAUCGUAGAGCAAACCACCUUCUUACCGUCACAACCACCAAGUCCUGGGCGCACUGUUGCAAGUACAGAAGAGAAACCUGACGAAAUAUCUAAACUUGUUCUGGAUGAAGAGAUGGUCAUUGAAGAUCAGGAACAUUUCCAAUUGACAAUGGAAGAAGCCUUCUUUCUUUCUUAUGGAUUGGGAGCUCUCACAGUUCUUGACCCUGUCACCAAAUCCGGCAUUUCAAAUCAGGAUUUGUUUUCUCUUUUCAGGAAGUCAUCCUAUUUCCCGCCUGUUUCAAAUCCUAGUUUGUCGACGGAUGACCCAUUCCUAAUAAAUUACGUUGUUUAUCAUCAUUUCCGUUCCCUAGGCUGGGUUGUGCGUGGUGGCAUAAAGUUCUCUGUUGACUAUCUACUCUAUAAUCGCGGGCCAGUUUUCAGUCAUGCUGAGUUUGCUGUUUUGAUUCUUCCAUCAUACAGUGACCCUUACUGGUCUAGUGGUCCAUUUUUACAAAAUUACGUGAAAGGCAAGCAAGAAAGAAGCUGGUCAUGGAUGCAUUGCAUCAAUCGAGUCAUUACACAGGUGAAGAAGACCUUGAUUUUGGUUUACGUGGAUAUACCUGCUCCUGUUGAUGGAAGCAUAAAAGAAAACAGUGUUGAUGAAUUACUUCAAAAGUAUAAGGUCAGAGAAGUUGUCCUCAAACGUUGGUCACCCAAUCGUAGCCGGGACUAGGUGAUCCUGCAUAAAUUUGUAUCAUUAUUUCAGGUAUCCAAUAGUACACAUUUUCACAAAUUAAAUUAACAAUGUGAAUGACUUUGAC